AUGGACUAUGACACCGUGUCAAAGAUCAACCCCGGUAUCAUCUACGCCAGUAUCACAGGUUACGGCCAGACAGGCCCCUACAGAAACAGAGCAGGUUACGACGUCAUGGUUGAAGCCGAAUUUGGCCUAAUGCACAUCACCGGAACCCGCGAUGGCCCACCCGUCAAGGUCGGUGUAGCAGUAACCGAUCUGACAACCGGUCUCUACACCUCCAACUCCAUCAUGGCAGCUCUCUUCCGGCGCCUCAGAAACCCAAAAUCCAAGGGCCAACACAUCGACGUCGCGUUAUCAGACUGCCAAGUUGCCACCCUGGCCAAUAUUGCCAGCUCCACUCUUAUUAGCGGAAAACGCGACACUGGACGCUGGGGAACUUCGCAUCCAUCGAUUGUACCGUACAAGGCGUUCAAGACGGCGGAUGGAGAUAUCUUACUGGGAGGUGGAAACGAUAGGUUGUAUGGAGUCUUGUGCAACAGGUUGGAAAGGCCCGAAUGGAUUCUCGAUGAGAGGUUCAAAACGAACGCGUUGAGGGUGCAGCAUAGGGACGAAUUAGAGGAGUUGAUUGAGACGGAGACGAAGAAGAAGACUACCCAGGAACUGCUCGACGUGCUUGAGGGAAGUGGCAUGCCGUACGCUGCUAUCAACGAUGUUCAGGAUACAUUGAACCACGAACACGUCCUCGCAAGAGACAUGGUCAAAGAGAUAGACCACCCGGCAUGUGGACCGAUUAAACUAGUCAACACGCCCGUGAAAUGGUCAGACUCAACUCCAGGCAUACGACUACCUCCACCCACACUAGGCCAGCAUACGGACGAGAUACUCGGUGAUACAUUGGGGAUGAGUAAGGAGGAAGUGGCGAAUUUACGCAGUGAAGGUGUCGUUGCAUAA